UCCCGGUGUCUAACCGGCCUAAGUCACCUAGGGACUUUGUUACACGCGUUUUAAGCCCAAAAGUUGCAGUCAUCUCUUCUCCCGAUGCUGACCAAGUUUGUCAAGCCAAUAACUUUCCUGACUUUUUCACAUUAAUAAAGCCCUUCGGUGAACGCAUUGAAGGAAAAGUUACUGCUCGUGAUUCGCAGGGUUUACCAAAUCCCAUAGACAACUUUGUAGUUCGAUUUUCUAGUUUGACAAGUUUAGAACAGCCAGAUGUUCAAUUAACUUCUCAAAUUCUCGCAGAUAAAGUAAAAUCGAUUAGUAGUAACUCCUUAUCAGUAGAUUUGCCGCAAAUCGCAGCGAAAGCUGAUGUUACAGAAAGGUAUUUGGAAGUAAGCCAAGAUGAUUUAACACCUUGGUAUGCAGAAUAUCGACGAUUAUUUUUUACAUUCACCGGUGUUUCCGAACACGAAACUUUUGAACACCCUGUGGCCUGCAUCAUCGCGAUAAGUUCAUCAAACAAAGAGCCCAUUGCUACACUUUCACAAAUGUAUAAUAUUACAACCCCUGCUCCUAUAUUUGAUAAGGGUUUCAUGGAUACAAAUAUUUUGAAAUAUUAUGUUCUCUUACAUGACAAUCAUAAAGUGAGCCUAGAACACUCCGAAGAGGUUUAUGAUAGGAUGAAACGUAGCUUUGGACUCCAUUGUCAUUUAUUAAAAUUAAAUUCGAUUCCUCCCAUUUUAAUUCCCGAAGAUCGUGACUCCUUUUCUAUUUCUACACCUCCAGUGGACAACAGCGAAUCCACAUCUGAUAUAUGGACCUCAUAUGUCAAUGAGUCAAAUAUUCUCAAUGCUUUACUUUCUACUUCUUCCUCUGCACCGAAUACUACUUCAAUGGAAAUUUAUUCACGCCAAAACUCGCUUUCAAAUUAUUCUUUACCUCUCUCACCGACCACAUCAACUUUAAAUUCACCUACAUCGUCAUUUACCGAGGACAUGUUGCUUAGUAAAGAGGGUGGCAAUGAUUCGCAAGUUUCACUUGGUUUGGGCAGUAUAUCUUCAAUGGUAAUUUACGGAAAAUAUCUCAGUGAAGACGACAUUGCAGGCAUUCAUACUUUUGUAAGGGAAUUAGUUGUGCAGAGCAUUGUACCUUUCAUGGAACGAAACAUACAAUACUGGAAUGAGCAGGUUGCCUCGUCAAGACGGGGAAUCGCAGGUCGCAUUUUCAGUGCCAGUAGACGAUAUUUUGGCGCCGGAAAGGCUGCCGGGCCUGUUCAACAAUCAUCCUACGCGUCCAUAAAUAAUUCAUCAAAUACAAUAUAUCCUCAUAAUUCGCCAGAAGCUCAAAUGCGUAAAUUGGCCGAUUGGUCUUUUAUGUUGAGAGAUUAUAAGUUCGCGCACUCUAUGUAUGAAACUGUCAAAAGGGAUUUUUCUGCCGAUAAAGCGUGGAAAUAUUAUGCCGGAACGCAAGAAAUGAUUGGUAUAUGUUUACAAAUAGCCGCAACAAAUAUUAGUAACCGGACUGAUUUUGAUCAUUACUUUGAACACGCGGUAAAUGCGUAUUACAACCGAUCGAAAUCUCCGUUCUACGCUACCAGGGCCACCAUUUUAUACUAUGAAUUGCUGAAAUUCAGAAAUUCUUACAAGGAGGCACCGCCAGCAUUAGUACGAUUGACUGGCGAGGAUUCUGAUCUGAGGAGUGGACUGUUCUUAGAACAGGCAGCUCACGCCUUUUUGAGGUGUCCAAGACCAAUGGUUAGGAAGUAUGCUUUCCAUUUGGUUAUGGCGGGUCAUAGAUAUGGGAAAUGUAAUCAGCGAAAGCAUGCUUACAGAUGCUAUCUUGCUGCUUUAAAAGUUUUUGAUAAUCGUUCAUGGUCAUUGGUUGAAGAUCACAUUCAUUUUGCUCUUGGUCGACAAUCUUUCCAUAUGGGAGAUCUUUCCAUGGCUUUGAAAUUUUUCGUGAAGUUACUGAGAGAAAGCCGCCAACCAUCAGCCAAUCAAAGUGCUUAUAUGAGAGAAUUCUUAUAUAUGUAUAAGCAAUAUUUAAGUAAAACUGGUAAAGAACCCGAAUUUGAUAGUGAAGAGUUACAAAUCCCGAUUAUUGAAGAUUCUUCGGUCAAGGUUGUUCUUUCUAAUUUGCAGUCUAUAGAAUAUGACGACGUUUGGGAAACAAUGGAGAAUGAGUUUUUAGAAGAAGGAUUUUCCGGAUUAGAUAAUUACGGAAAUCCACGAAAAAAACCAUCAACAAUAAGCAGCGAUAUUCACAGGACCAUGUGCGCAGUAGGAGAACCAUUCUUUGUACAAUUGAUGCUCUAUAAUCCAAUGCAAAUUCCAAUCAAUGUAAAUAAUUUGAUGCUGAAAUGUGAAUUCAUACCUCUUUCAAGUACCGAGGAAACUUCUUCCGAGUCAAAUGGUGACCUGACGGAUGAUGACAAAACUCGAAUAAGUGAAAGCGCCGAUAGUGAUGAUAUCUCUCGGUCUUCCAAUUUUGAAGAAUACGAAUUGGAGACACUUCCUGAUGUUUCACUGGAGGCAUCUGAAAAGAAAAUGAUUUCUCUACGCGUGUUGCCAAAAAAACAAGGGAAAAUCAAAAUUCUGGGUCUUAAAUAUAUUCUUAAUUCCCUUAUUCGUGGAUUAAAAAAAUUUGCAAAACGCGGAAAGCGACUAAAUCAAACGAAGGAACAACGUUUGAGUGUAGUCUAUGCCUAUGACCAUUCUUUGGAUCUCGUUGUAACAUCAUCUAUGCCAUUACUUGAGGUAGCAUUUCAUUCUUUUCCUGAAAUGUUAUUGUCGGGAGAAGUUGCGCAAGUCUUUCUGGAAAUUAACAACAAAGGCCAGGAGGAAUUAAGGGAUUUACGUGUUAAAAUGAGUCACCCAAGUUUCUUUUGCAUUGGUGAUGCCAACAUGUUAGAACAGAAAGUGUACAAUGAUGAUUCAGAAAGAGGAUUCUCCACCGAAAGAUUGCUCACAAGAAACAAAAUUUUUAACACGAGUAUCAAAGACAUACCUCUACCACCUCAAGAGAAUGCAGAUCAAAACCCCUCUUUAUUCCUACCUCCUGGUAAGACAACGUUGAUUCCCAUUUGGAUUAGAGGUGAUCGCAUCGGAAAGCACGUAUUUCGAUUUUUGUUUACAUAUGGAUUGGAGAAAAACAAUUCAGCAAUGAGAUACAGGAGUCUUCGUUAUACCAAAAUGAUCCAAGUCCUUCCGUCCCUCAAAAUAAAUGCAUUUACCAGGCCAAGUACCCGCGGGUUAAAUGAAUUCAUUUUGGGCAUCGAGAUUGAAAAUUUACAGACCACAGCAGAAUUUCAAUUGGCUCAACUUUCAUCGAUCAGUCCAUCAUGGACGAUAUCAUCAACAAUAUUUACUUACUACCGAAUAAAAAAAUCAGAAACAUUUCUUCUUAUAGAACCUAUAGACGCAGGUUCAAAGGAUACACCCGAGAUAUUUACAUCAAACGCAUUAGAAGGAUUGUUGAUUGGAAAAAGUGAAACUCAGAAGGAACCAUCACCCAUUGAUCUUCUCGUAACGAAUAUACCUUUCACCGAUAGCAUUAUUAAACAUUCGUCCAACCCGCUUGAGGGAUUUUCAUUAAAUUCACGUGUUCAGUGGAGGAACAAUACAUUAAACGCAAAUUUCCCAGUAAUCCCAUCGAAAAAAUAUCCGUCAAUUUUUACCCUUUAUAACACAAAUGAUGUUGACCUCGCACUUUAUUGGAAUAUACCGACUCUCCUAAGACAAGGACAUCAUUAUAUAAUUGGUAUUAAUCUUGGAGUUCAGCAAAAUCCUUUUCAAUCGCCGAACAUACUAGCAUCGUCUAAUAGGGCAUUGUUUGAACAAACGGUGCGAGAACGUGCAGCACUUGUUAACAGCCUACUGAAAAAUAAGAACUUCAAGGAUGAGAGUCCAUUAAAACUAAUCAUACAAUGUGCGGACACCCUUGAACACGAUUUCCAAAGUCAGAGGUUUUGCAUUAUUCCUAUCAAGAUACUGAUUAAAAAUUGUUUGUGGAAUAAACGAAUCGGGUUUACAUUGGAGAUGCUACCGCCUGACAGUGAAACAAGAAGCACAUUUCACAAAUCUGUACAUCCGACCGUGUUUCAGUGGAUCGGGUCAACGUUUAAAUAUGCCACCCUGUCAGCCGGUGAAGUACAAACCUUUGUGACCAAAGCUUGUUUCGUUAGAUCUGGAGUGUACGACGUAAAUCGAUGGAAGUUGACAGUUAAUUUUGAUCCGAGCGCCACGGAGAAUGAAAGCACUUCUGGUAGUAUAUCAACACAACACGAGCAUCAUGAAAGUGGAACGGGAGUGAAAGGUUAG